AUGGUUGCGGAGAUUAAGUCGACGGUGGAGGCUACGGCGGCGAACUGUCUGAUGCUUUUAUCAAGAGUCGGACAAGAAAACGGUGGAGAUGCAAAACGCGUUUUCACAUGUAAGACGUGUUUGAAGGAGUUUCAUUCGUUUCAAGCGUUGGGAGGUCACCGUGCAAGUCACAGGAAGCCUAACAACGAGAAUCUGUCUGGUCUGAUAAAGAAGGCGAAAACGCCGUCGUCUCAUCCUUGUCCCAUAUGCGGAGUGGAGUUUCCGAUGGGACAAGCACUUGGAGGACACAUGAGGAAACAUAGGAACGAGAAUGGCGGCGGCGUCACGUUGGUUACAAGAGCGUUAUUGCCGGAGCCGACGGUGACGACGUUGAAGAAGUCGAGUAGUGGGAAGAGGGCGGCUUGUCUUGAUCUGAGCUUGGGGAUGGUUGAGAAUUUGAAUCUCAAGUUAGAGCUUGGAAGAACAGUUUAUUGA